AUGCCAAAUACGAGGCGUAGAAGAUUCUCCGUGCAGAAUGAAAUUCGGGGACGUGAUAUGUUAAAGUCACAGAAUGGAACUCAAGUGAACUCAAAUCAAGAAUCGGACAUCAAGGCUAUAUUACAAACACCGGUAACCAUAAAAACAAAUAAACUCAAAAAUAAAAUAUGUCCUAACACUUCAAAGAAAUCAUCCAAUCUUCAAAUUGUUGAUCAAUGCCAAAGCACAUCUAAUAUUUUUGGAGUUAUAGAUGCAAAUUCACCAACUAUUGACAAAGAUGUUACUGCAAGUUCAAGCAAUAUUGAUCUAUUCAAUAUCUUAGGUGAUUGCACAGAGGGAAUUAUAACCAAAAAAGUACAAGAUGUUUGCAAUGAAGAAACAAAAAAUGUAUUCGAAAUGAAGCAUGUAAGCGAAAGAUUUCCGACUAGACGCGAUAAGCAUCCAAGGCAGCAUAGAAUUAAAGUGCGAAGCCCAAAAAGGAAACCUCCUAAUAUCGACAAACAUGAAGUUAUGAAGCGAUCUGUGGGAGUCAGUUCCAUAGAUUGGACUGAACAUGAAACGUUGACAUUAGAUGAAAUUCAACCUGAUGUGAUAGUAGAUGCUGAAGCAACAGUCGAUGAUGUACAAGAGGAAGAAAGACCUAGUACAUUCUCUAUGGAUGAUAUGUGUAGAAUAUGUCAUGGUGGAGAAUCAUUGUCUCCGGAGUUGGGUCAGUUAAUUUCAGCCUGUUCGUGUAGGGGUACUGUUGGGAGGGUACACGUAAAGUGUUUAGAGCGAUGGUUGACGGAAUCCGGAAAGUCAAGAUGCGAACUAUGUGGGACGAGGUAUGCAACGCGACGCGUACAUAGAUACGGCGUGCUUAGGGCUCUAGUCAUGUGGAUUUUGAGUCAGAAUGCAAAGCAGCUGAUGGUAGACAGCCUGGGCAUAAUGCUGAUGUCACCUCUUGCUGUGCUGGCUGCCUGGCUGUCUGGUAGAACACUAGCUGGCCUAAUGACGCAAGAAACCCACGCCACCCCUUGGCCUUUGGCGUCGACCUUUGUUCUAGCCUGCAUGACCCUAGUAUGUUACUACUGUUGGAUAGUCUCAGCGGCUACCAGGCACGCACUAGGCUGGUGGAUAUGGUACAGAUCUCAGUAUGAAGUACGACUACAAUUCGCAAUCGAGGAAUAAACAUUCUUAUAUAAUGUGGAAUAAAUGUAUCUAGAUUUUCGGUGCUUAAAACGCCUCGUUUGAAUAUUUGAUGUUUGAUUUCUUGCCCCGAG